AUGGGCGUCGGCGAAUUCCACUGGCACGAGGGCGAUCACAAGAUCAUUUUACUCUUUCCAACCAAAUUCAACUCGACUGUGUCUUCUUCCCGCCGAAAGUGCCGCAAGGCCCACUUCGGUGCCCACUCGACCCAACGCCGCGUCUUGAUGAGCGCGUCCUUGUCCAAGGACUUGCAGCAAAAGUACAACGUGCGCUCCAUCCCCAUCCGCAAGGACGAUGAAGUGCUCAUUGUCCGUGGCUCGAACAAGGGCAAGGAAGGCCGCGUGACUCAAGUCUACCGCAAGAAGUUCGUCAUCCAUGUCGAGCGUGUGGUCAAGGAAAAGGUCAACGGCGCCGCCGUCAACACCGGCAUCCACCCUUCCAAGGUCGUCAUCACCAAGCUUAAGCUCGACAAGGACCGCAAGAAGAUCCUGGAGCGCAAGAACCGUGCCGUCGGCGACAAGAACAAGGGCAAGUUUACCGAAGCCGACGUCGCCAUGGCCAACGUCGACUAA